AUGGAACAUGCAUAUUAUUGGAAUAUUCAUGAAGAAUAUCAUCCAAAAAAUCGUUUAUUAAAAUAUUCAAAAUCAUCAAAAAUUUCUAACGAAACAGUACAAAUACUUUCACAAAUACGAAAAAUCUAUAACAAAUUACCACCAAUCAUCUAUUCUCUACAAGAUAGACAAGAAAAUGAAGACUUUAUACUUGAAUAUGAUAUCUUUGGUCAACAAUGCAAUUUACCUUUGAAAAACUUAAAAGCUAUUUGGCAACCGACAUCAUUCUAUGUUUCAGAUGGUAUCUAUGAACAAAUAAAGUGUGAUCUAUUCUCAUCUCGAAUAAAUAAAGAUUAUAUACUUCUUUGUUUAUUUCCAAUAUAUGCUGAUAUGAAUCGUCAAAAAAAAUUAUUAACUGGUCAACAAAAUGAAGAAAUCUUUCUUCCAUCAACAAAACCAAGUACAGAAUAUGAUAUUAAUAAUUUAGUUGAACGUUUUCAUAUGAUGUUAUAUAAAGAACAAGCACUUGAAAUAGGUUUAUGUCAAAAACGUCGAAGAAUCUAUAAUGAUUUAUUUGAUGAACUUAUUCGUUUAACAACACUUCAAUGUACGGAACGUGGUCUUUUACUUGGAAGAAUUAAAAAUGAAUAUGUAAAAUGGAUGAAUACAUAUGAAGAACUUUAUUCAAGUGGUAUGGCUUAUAGUUUAAGACAAUAUUUAUAUAAAGCAGAAGAAAAACAAAAAUAUAAAUAUAUUAUUCAACAAUUAGAAAAUGAUUGUCAACAAUUACAUAAUGAAAUUGAAAAAGAAUCAAUACGUUAUGAACAGUUAACUCAAUUAAUUAAUAAGGAUACAGAACAAAAUUUAUUAAAAACUAAUGUUAAUAUAUUACGAUCAACAAAUGAAAUACUUCGACGUGAUCUUCAAAAUACAUUAAAUCAUAUUUUAUCAUCAACUAUUUUUCUUGGAGAACCAAUUGAUUAUGAUAAAGAAAAAGAUUACUGA